UAAAUAAACCGCCCACUAUUUCUGCUACAAUUUAUCAGGGACGUCCAUUUUUUAUCGUAAGGGUCCAGCCAAGCCCAGUCAGGAAGAAAAGGUCCUGGAAGGCUUGAACUCGAAAGCUCCAGCCCAGCCGCCCGCUUCCGCCACGUCCUCCCAUGGCGACCGCUCUCCCCGCCACCGCUGCUGCUUGCCUCCUCCAGCUCUCCCGGCGCCGCCUCCCUGGAACAACUCCACUGCCCUCCCCGCUGCGCGCUGCCACUUUCCGCUGCUAUAGUGGCUCUAGCGUGGCCUGUGCAUGUUCGUCCGGGCCCCCGCCCGCGGUUCCUGCGGAGCAAAGGGGCGGCGGCGCUGGCCAGGCCACUUCGCCGGAGGGUACCGUACGAAUCGUCGCCGUGGUCGGAGAAGCUACCAUAAGCCCGAUUAAGGAUACGCCCUGGGAAGAGGUCAUGCAACAUACGGCUGAUAGGCUGAAGUGGGUCGAUGAGGGAUUUGAAAUGCUUGUCUUCGCAGACAACUCAAUUGAGCAUGAUAACCUUAGGAAAGAGUUAUCAUGCUGUGAUAUGCUAGUCAAUGUUGCAAUAACAAAUCAAGAUUCUGUUCAAUGGCUUAUAAACAACAGCAAAGACAUAUCUAAUGUGAUUUGCUUUCAGUCAUCUCCGGCUUUAUUAAACAAGCUAGGUGGCACAUAUGUUCAAUACACUGGAGAGCAGGACAUGUUUGGCAAGCUAGCAAGUAUUGGAAAACCAAGUGGCACAAAGGAAUCAGCUGAAGUUCUUAAGACCAUAUCUAAUGCCUGGGAAAGACACAAUUCAGAUGACAUUAGAUUUUGCUUGCUUGUUGUCGUAAAUGCAUACAUAAGGCCAGUUGCGAUGCUGAAAAACCUAAGGGCAAAAGGCCUUUCUACUCUAAGUUGUAUGAUAAAGAACUGUGGUCCACAGAUACUUAAUUGUCUGUUUGAUUCUAACUGUAGGAAGGCCCUUCAGUGUUUGAAUUCCUGCUCUCCAACUGAUCAAGUCUGCAACUAUCGCUGUAUCGCAUCAUAUGAAAGUCCGCAUCUGGAGGCUUUUUCUCUCUGUGUUUUGCAGAAGAACAAUUGCCUUGAUCUCAAUGCUGAAAUACCCAAUAAACCGAAUGUAAUACCACUGACCAUGUUCAGAGAACAAAAGCUAAGCCAUGAAAUUGCAGAAGACCUAUUUGUUGGUUGGCUGGACAGCAUGGAAUGGAGUUGGAGAGUGGCGGCUGGACAAAAUCCAGCAUAUGAUCAAUUCCCAUGUCAGUACCAGUUAUUCUACAGAGGGAAAGCUAAAGGUUCAUUUUGGUAUGAGCCGGUUUUUCAGGUCAAAACCCUGGAAGGGAAGCUGGUCUGGAGGCGCAGAAGGUACCGUGUGAGAAGAGCUAGCACUCCUGGUACAUUUUACUUCAGUGUGUUGGAUAAUGGUGUCGUUUCCAAAGAAUUUUGGACAAUUGUGGACGUUGCUGAGGAUUUCGGCUGGGGUCUGUUCCAUUAUCAUGGUGCAGCACAGGUUGCUGGGCUAUCAUACACUGGAGCGGUGCUUGUUACCCCAGAUGGGUCUUAUCCUGAUGUGGAUGAUCCAAGAUUGGCCUCUGCAUUAGAGAAAUGUGGUAUAAAGAAAUGGGAGCUCUAUACGGUUGAUAACAGUUGCUGCAUGGGUGCACCACUGGGAACUCCUGAAGGUUCGAAGCUGCAUCAUCAGAUUUCUCCAGGAAAAGAAGCUGGUAUUUUGCAGACAAGAUGAUGAUAAGUUCAAAUACCAAGAAAGGAUCCAUUUCAUACCCACAUAAUUGUCUUACUAAAGAUGCCUCAUGCCUGUAACCUGCAGACAAGUGGACAGACAUUGCUGAAGAGAGUUCAUGUGUAACCUUCAGGCCUUGUAUAUAUUUACAGCGACAGAUGACACUAGUUACGACCUGCAAUGGCGAGCAGGCAUCUUCAUGACCUAUGUAGAGCUGCUAUACUCUUUGCAAGAUCGAAACUGUUUUCCUACAAUAGUGUGCCAGUCUUAAACUCCUUAAUAAUAGAACUCGAGAAUUCUAAUUUUGCUGGCGUGAAUUCAUCUUGGUGUUUAGCAAUCUUUGGUUGAGCACUUGUGUUAGAAGUUACACCUGAUAUAGUGAUGUUCUUGUCUUCGUUGAUGAGAACUAGAAUUAACUGCUUAUUGUAAAUUUGCAAUCAAGAUGAAGGAGUCUUGUCGAUGACUCAGUAUUUUGUAUAUAAUAUUACAUUCUUAGCAUCUGUAGUGUUCCUAUCUGUGGCUGUUGAAGGCUUGAAACAUCUUGUGAUGUUCAGACAGUUCAGUUCGCUAUUAGUUCAAAGGAGACCCAUUGGUAAAGCGGAAGAGGUGUAUCUAGCCAGACAAGUUGGAGUAAGCAAGACAAGAUUCCCCAUGUGAUGUUGCAGUUUGAGUCAAAUGUUUGAUUCUGUGGAUAAUGCAAAGUUCCUCUUUUGAACGGGAUCAUAGAUUAGUUUGACUUGGCUAUGACUUUGACCGCUUAUGUGGCCUAUAAAUUCC